ACCGUUCAACUUUCUGUCUCCCAAUAAAAAAAAAAAAUCAAUUCUAGGGUUUGUUCGUUAUUUCGUUUUCCUCUUCCAAAAUCCAUUUUCGAAUUUGACCCUUCUUUCUUCGCCGGAGAGAAGGGAGAAGAUGAGAGGUUCCUCCAACGACGCCGAUCUAUUCGACCCCAAGACGGAGAUGGAUUCCAAUUUCUCUCGCCACGGCUCUUCCUCCUCCUCCUCCUCCGAAGGCGAUUUCGGAUUUGCCUUCAACGACAGCAACUUCUCCGACCGUUUGCUCCGGAUCGAGAUCAUGGGCGGGGCGUCGGAUUCCAGGUCUGAUAUUGGGGAAGGAGGGUGCACGAGUAUUGCCGAUUGGGCUCGUCAUCGCAAGAGGAGAAGAGAGGAGAACAAGAAGAAGGAUAAUGGUGUUACGGUUUCGGACAUUGUGGCAUGUCCUGAAGAGCAGAUUAUAACUGAUAAUAACCAACCUGAUAUGGAUGAUUGUCCUGGUGGUGAUGAAGAAGGAGAGGCUAUGGUGGAAGAGGAGGAGACUCUCUCAGGUGAUGACGAUGCAUCUAGUGAGCCAAAUUGGGGAAUGGACCAUUCUACUGUUGUUAAUGUUAAGGAAUUGCAUAUUAGCUCUCCUAUCUUGGCUGCUAAAAGCCCUUUCUUCUACAAGCUCUUUUCUAAUGGAAUGAGGGAAUCAGAACAAAGACAUGUAACCCUUAGAAUCAGUGCACAAGAGGAAGGUGCUUUGAUGGAACUUUUAAACUUUGUGUAUAGCAACUCUCUAACUGUCACAACAGCACCUGCUUUGUUAGAUGUGCUUAUGGCUGCUGACAAGUUUGAGGUUGCUUCCUGCAUGAGGUAUUGCAGUAGACUUCUCCGCAAUAUGCCUAUGACUCCCGAUUCCGCUUUGCUCUAUCUCGAGCUCCCCUCCAGCGUCUUAAUGGCGGAAGCUGUCCAGCCUCUAACUGAUGCAGCAAAACAGUUCCUUGCCUCGCGCUUCAAGGAUAUCACCAAGUUCCAGGAGGAGGUUAUGGCCUUACCCUUGGCCGGAAUCGAGGCGAUACUAUCAAGCGAUGAUCUCCAAAUUGCUUCUGAGGAUGCUGUUUACGACUUUGUGUUGAAAUGGGCGAGGGGACAGUACAGUUCGUUGGAAGACCGUAGAGAGAUUCUUGGCUCACGCCUUGCCCUCUACAUCCGCUUCCCAUACAUGACGUGCAGAAAACUCAAAAAGGUACUAACAUGCAGUGACUUUGAUCACGAAGUAGCGUCAAAGCAGGUCCUAGAAGCGCUCUUCUUCAAAGCAGAAGCCCCGCACAGGCAACGCAUCCUAGCCGCGGAAGGAUCAGACUCAGUGAACCGCCGUUUCAUAGAGAGGGCUUACAAAUACAGACCUGUGAAAGUCGUCGAGUUCGAGCUUCCUCGUCCGCAGUGCGUAGUGUACCUGGACUUGAAGCGAGAGGAAUGCACAGGACUGUUCCCUUCGGGGAGAGUCUACUCUCAGGCCUUUCACUUAGGUGGUCAAGGCUUCUUCCUCUCUGCUCAUUGUAACAUGGACCAGCAAAGCUCGUUCCACUGCUUUGGUCUCUUCCUUGGGAUGCAAGAGAAAGGAGCUGUGAGCUUUGGUGUGGACUACGAGUUCGCGGCUAGAGAGAAGCCUUCUCAGGAUUACGCUUGCAAAUACAAAGGGAACUACACGUUCACUGGUGGCAAAGCUGUUGGUUACAGAAACCUCUUUGGGAUUCCUUGGACUUCGUUCAUCGCUGAGGAUAGUCAAUACUUCAUCAAUGGCAUUCUCCAUCUCCGAGCUGAGCUCACCAUUAAAAGAUCAACAGAACUUCACUGAUCAACAACUCUCGACUCUCUCUCUCUCUCUCUGUUUCUCUCUCUCUCCUCUUCAUGUAGCAGCUCAAACCAAGAGUGUCUUUUGUAAUUUGCUUACGAGCAGUAAAAGAGUAUCCACGCUGUAAAUUUAAUUGGAAGUUAACUUAUCUAUUUGCACUAGUUUCUCUUUA